UUUAAUGAUUCAUAUCCGCUUGGUGCGUAUAAGCAGCAAUGAAACAUGAGUUUACAUUUAAAUCACUUUAAACACGAAUCUUUAUAAAUAAUGUUUAUCAUUUUGCGAGCUUAAAGUGUAAGUUGCAAGAAUAUUAAGUGAAGUUGUUUCAAAAUUAAAAAUUAUUAAAACUUGUAAUUUAACACAAAUUAAUAAUGGAUGUUUAUUGAUAAAAUAAAAAUGGGAAAAAUAAAAGAUUUGAAGAUUCAACUUGAUCAAAAUACACCGUAUUUUGCUGGAGAUCUUAUUGUGGGUCAAGUUACAUUUAACCUAAUAAAAUGUUUGUCAAUCACUCGUAUUUUACUUUCGUUUGAAGGUAUUGGCAAAUGCAAAAAUGGUGCACAUUGCAAAGAAAAUAUUCACAGCUGUAAAAUUACAUUAUUUAAUAGUGAACAAAGUCAUCAGAUUGGCUUUUAUAAAUAUCCAUUCAAUAUACAGCUACCUGAAAAACUUCCAACAUCAGUAAAAAUGGAUAAUGCAAGUAUAUCCUAUAAAAUUUUGGCUAAAAUUAAGUGCAAAGGUUCUUCAAAUAAAUCUUUGAAGAGUCGAAUACUGAUCACUGAAGUCAUAGACGCAAACAUAUGUAAUACACCUUCUGUUACAAUUUUGCGCAAGACACCAUCUUUAUUCUCUAACAAGCAGAAGUUAAGCAGUAAAGAGUUAUUAGUCUGUCUUAAAAGAAGCGUUUAUUGUGCAGAAGAGCAGAUUGUAUUAAACAUUCAGUAUAAAGAUCGAAGCCCUCGAUAUAUGGGUAAUAUUAAAGCAGUAUUAAAUAGAUAUGUCUUAUUUAAUCCGAAAGAAAAUAAAUAUCGUUUUUCUGUGAAAAAAAAAAUCAAAGAAGUAUCAGACAGCAUACCAGAUAAGACCACUGAAAGAUCACUUUUGAUACCAGUUCCUAAAUCAGUAAUGCCGUCAAAUUGUCUUGCUAAUGCUGUCCAAGUUAAGUAUGUUUUACAUGUUAAAAUAGUUGGUUAUCCUGAACAUAAAAUACCGGUAGUUAUUGGGACCAAAGCAAAAACCAUCUCUACUUCUUAUGAAGAAAUUUUCAGAAGUAUUGAUAUCAAUGAAUAUCCUCCAGGUUAUGGAAAUACAGUUAUGCCUACUGCUCCGUCUUAUAUUGAUGAUAGCUUUGAUCAGUUUGAACAGUGUGAUAGACCACUAAGUACAAUGUUUCUUUAUCCCCCAGAAUAUGUUCCGCAGAAUGAGUUUAACAUCCCGCCAUCAUAUAACGAAACCGUCAGUGUGAUAAGUUCUUCAUCAAAUGAAAAUAUUUAAAAUGGAUUUUAAUACAAGACUUAUUUAAUUUAUUUAAAAUAGUUUAUUUUAUUGUGGCUGGCCAUUAUUUAUUUUGUUUUACUCCUGUUUGCAUAUUUUCACUCGAUGAAAUGUUUUUAUACAUGUAAUUGAUCAACUAUUUAUGCAAAUCUGCUUACAUAUGGUUGAGAUUUAAUAUCCAGUGCUUGAGGAUUAAAGCAAAAAGAACGCCUUAAAGUCAAAUACAUUCUGUAACAUUAAAUAAAACAUUUUUUUCAGCCGUAUCUUAAAAAGCUUUCUGAAAAAGUUGAUAUAAAUUGAUUUGAAUGUUACGCUAAAAGAUGGUUAGAAAGAGUAGUAGAGGUUUUAAAAUUUAUUUGUAAUCUUAUGUUAAGCUAGAGGUUCCAAAUCUUCAAGUAAAUUUUAGUAAUGUAAAAAAAAAAAAGAUAAAUAAUGUAAUUUUGUAAUAUAAGUAUAAUAUAUCCAUAGUUUUUAAAA